AUGUCGAAGGUCCAAAUCGUCCAGCUCAAGGACAUCGACGUCAAGCAACUGGCAAGCCAGCUUGUAGGCUAUCUGCGAAAGAGCAAGAACAUCUCAUUCAAACAGUAUGUUUCUUAUGGAUUACCCGCUCUGUUCCUUUACCUUCUCAUCCAAGGCCGCCUCCGCUACUCCCGGGCUCGUUACCUGAAAAACAAGUACCCGUAUACUCGAGAUACCUUUUGGAGAAUGACCGACCACGACGCAUGGGAAAUCCAAAAAAAUAUCCUGCAGCUUGAGUUCCCUUUUAUUAGCCUGAAGGCCCUUCAGUUUGCAUUGUUCAGAACCUACGGCAUCCCAACCAUAUCCAGCUUGCUGGCCAAAACAACGCAGUUCUCGGACACUGCCACAUCGUUCAAACGAUAUGCCGACACCGCCGUCUUAAUCGGUGAGUUCAUGGCUUUUGAACCCUCCUCGCUCCGAACACACGAGGCCAUUGCGCGCACCAAGUUCCUGCAUACAGGCUACCGCAAGAGUGGCAAGAUCCUGGAAGACGACAUGUUAUACACACUUAGUCUAUUCGCUUUGGAACCAAUCCGCUUUAUCGAGACCUACGAGUGGCGCAAUCUCACAGACCUUGAAAAAUGCGCUAUUGGCACAUAUUGGAAAAGUCUUGGCGAUGCACUGGCAAUCAGCUAUGAAGGCCUUCCAUCUGGGGCGAAAGAAGGACCCAGUGGAUUUCGCGAUGGACUUCACUGGCUGGAAGAGCUAAAUGCAUGGAGCCAGGCAUAUGAAAUCACCAACAUGAAGCCCAGUGCAGCCAACAAAGAAGUCGCAGAUAAGACCACUGAUGUCUUGGUCUUUGCGCUGCCACGAUUCUUGGAACCGGUCGGUAUAGCCUUUGUCUCAUUUAUCAUGGAUGAUAGAUUGAGAAAGGCAAUGAUGUAUGACUCGCCCAAUAAAAUCUAUAGUACAAUUUUCUCCUCUAUACUUCAAACCCGGAAAUACUUUCUGCGCUACCUCGCUCUUCCGCGUCCGUUUUACAUGCGCUACGACGUCUUUACUGCAGAACCCGAUGAACGCGGUCGAAAUUUCAUCAAGAUUUGGGACGCGGUCCCGUAUUAUGUCAAGCCCACGCUAUGGAAUCGCUGGGGUCCUGCAUCCUGGUUAAAGCGGGUAUCUGGCUUGCCAUUGCCAGGUGAUGAAGGAGAUAAAUACCGCCCCGAAGGGUAUCAGACUUCGAGUGUUGGGCCAAGGUAUUUCGAGGGCAAGGGAGUCACUCAGAUGGAGGAGACCAAAGCAAACCUUAGGAGGGGAAGAACGGGCGGAUGCCCGUUUUGA